AUGGACCCCUCUAAUCCGAAGGGAUCUUCUAGUAUCUCCCAUCCCGUUCCUCCAGAAAUACAUCUGAAAUCUCAGAGUGUGGAUGGAUCAACCAAUCUAUCCCAUCCCAAGGAAUCUUCUGUAGGCCUCAACGUUGAUCACACAGUUGAGAGUUUAUUUUCAUGUGCAGUGUGCGGGAAUUUGUUCACUGAGCAUGGAGAACUUCUUAUACACCAGAAGAGGCACAGGGCUAAACAUGGUAAACAUUCUUUCUCAUGUUCCGAGUGUGGGAAAGUUUUCAACCAGGAAAGAUUUCUUCUUAGACACCAGAGGGUCCACACAGGCGAGCGUCCUUUCUCAUGCUCAGAGUGCGGAAGAUGUUUCAGUCAAAAAGAAAACCUUGUUAAACACCAGAAAAUUCACACGGGGGAGCGUCCAUUUGUAUGCUCAGAGUGCGGGAGAUGUUUUGGUGAAAAACGACAGCUCAUUAUUCACCAGAGAAUUCACACGGGUGAGCGCCCUUAUUCCUGUUCAGAGUGCGGGAAAUCUUUUAUGGAGGAAAAAUCAUUUCUUACUCACCAGAGAAGACACACGGGGGAGCGUCCUUAUUCAUGUCCAGAGUGCGGGAAAUGUUUUGUUGACAAAGCAGACCUUCGUAAACACAGGAGAAUCCACACGGGCGAGCGCCCUCAUUCGUGUUCGGAGUGUGGGAAAAAUUUUCUGCUUAAAGGAGACCUUGUUAAACACCAGAGAAUUCACACCGGGGAACGCCCUUAUGUAUGUUCAGAGUGCGGGAAAUGUUUUAAUUAUAAAGCAGACCUUGCUAAACACCAGAGAACUCACACGGAGUGCGGGAAAGUCUUCAACCAGGAAAGAUUUCUUCAUAGGCACCAUUUAACGCAUACAGGCGAGCGUCCUUUCUCCUGCGCAGAGUGCGGGAGAUGUUUCAGUCUGAAAGAAAACCUUCUUAGGCACCAGAAAACUCACACGGGUGAGCGUCCCUUUAUAUGCCCAGAGUGCGGGAGAAGUUUUGCUGAAAAAAAUAACCUCCUUAGGCACCAGACCAUUCACACGGGUAAGCGCCCCUUUUCAUGUUUGGAGUGCGGGUAUUCUUGCCUUUUGAAAGGAGACCUUGUUACUCACCAGAGAAUUCACACGGGUGAGCGCCCUUAUUCCUGUUCAGAGUGCGGGAAAUCUUUCAGUGAGAAAAGAUCGUUUCUUACACACAAGAGAAGACACACGGGGGAGCGUCCCUAUUCAUGUUUAGAGUGCGGAAAAAGUUUUGUUCAGGCAGCAGACCUACGCAAACACAAGAGGAUUCACACGGGCGUGUCUUAUUCAUGUCCAGAGUGUGGGAAAAGUUUCAUGCAUAAAGGAGAUCUUGUUAAACAUCAAAGAAUUCACACGGAUUUUCUCAACCUGAGUAGUCACAAGGAAGAGCGUCCUUAUUCCUGUUCCAUGUGUGGGAAAUGUUUCAUCCUGAAAAGUGCACUUGUUAGACACCAUAAAAUUCAUACAGGUGAGCGUCCCUUUUCAUGUUCAAAGUGCGGGAAAUGUUUUGCUGAGAAAGGAAACCUUCUUAUACACCAGAGAAUUCACACGGGUGAGCGUCCUUAUUCAUGUUCGGUGUGCGGGAAGUGUUACGGGGUGAAAAAUUUGCUUGUUAUACACCAGAAAAUUCACACGGGGGAGCGCCCUUUCUCAUGUUCAGAGUGCGGGAAAUGUUUCGUUGAGAAAGGAAAACUUCUUAUACACCUAAGGAGUCACACUGGUGAGCGUCCCUAUUCAUGUUCAGACUGUGGAAAAUGUUUUGCUGAGAAAGGAAACCUUCUUAUACACCAAAGAAGUCACACGGGGGAGCGUCCUUAUUCAUGCUCAGAGUGCGGGAAAUGUUUUGUUCUGAAAAACAUACUUGUGAGACACCUGAAAAUUCACACGGAAGAGCGCCCUUUCUCGUGCUCAGAGUGCGGGAAAAGUUUUAUUGAAAAAGCAAAACUUCUUAUACACCAGAGAAGUCACACGGGGGAGCGUCCUUUUCCAUGUUCAGAGUGCGGGAAAUGUUUUGCUGAGAAAGGAAAGCUUCUUAUACAUCAGAGAGUUCACACGGGUGAGCGACCUUAUUCAUGUUCAGAGUGCGGCAAAUGUUUCACUCAAAAUGGAAGCCUUCUUAAACACCAAAAGAGUUCCUUCUCAUGUUCGGUGUGUGGGAAAUCUUUCGCUGACAAAAAAGCACUUCUUAGACAUGAGAAAAAUCACACAGACGAGCGUCCUUUCCCAUGUUCAGAGUGUGGGAAAUGUUUCAGUAAAAAAAAAGUGCUACUUAUACACCAGAGAAUUCACACAGGUGAACGACCUUUCUCAUGUUCAGAGUGUGGGAAAUGUUUUAUUGAGAAAGGGAAACUACUUAUACACCAGAGAACUCACACGGGCGAGCGUCCCUACUCGUGUUCAGAGUGCGGGAAAUCUUUCGGUGAGAAAAGAACACUUCUUACACACCAGAGAAGUCACACGGGUGAGCGUCCUUAUUCAUGUCUAGAGUGCGGAAAAAGUUUUAUUCAGACAGCAGAUCUUCGUAAACACGAGAGAAUACACACGGGUGAGCGUCCCUAUUCGUGUUCAGAGUGCGGGAAAACGUUCAUGCAUAAAGGAGACCUUGUUAAACACCAGAGAAUUCACACCGGUGAGCGUCCCUUUGCAUGUACGGUGUGCGGAAAAUGUUUCAAUCUAAAAAAUUCACUUCUUAAACACCAGAGAACUCACACGGGUGAGCGUCCUUAUUCUUGUACAGAGUGCGGAAAAUGUUUCACUGAGAUAAGCGUACUUCGUACACACCAAAGGAUUCACACAGUCACAAAAGAUACCUUCUCACACAUCAGAGAAUGCACACAGGCGAGCGCCCUUUUUCGUGCACAGAGUGCGGGAAAAGUUUCUUUCAGAAAGGCAAAACUUAACUUACACCAGAGAACUCACACAGGCGAGCGCCCUUUUUCGUGUUCAGAGUGCGGGAAAAGUUUUACUGAGAAAAGCGUACUCCUGUCGCAUAUGAGAACUCACACGGGUGAGCGUCCUUUCUCAUGUGCAGAGUGCGGGAAAUGUUUUACCUACAGGAAAGCACUUGUUCAGCACGAGAAAGUUCACUCAAAAUAG